AUGUCUUACAAUGUCUAUGUUGGCUUAAUAUUGGGGAUAGUAGGUCUCUAUGUCACCAAGAUGCUCUUGACCCGCAAAGGGCCUCUCGGCCCGCUCCCACCGGGACCACGACCUAAACCUGUACUUGGCAAUAUCGCCGAUCUGCCACCCCCAGGGACACAGGACUGGAUGCACUGGCUCAAACACAAGGAGUUAUAUGGUCCAAUUAGCUCUAUUACGGUGAUGGGUCAGACAAUUGUCAUCCUCAACGAUGCAAAUGUAGCAUUAGAACUGCUGGGCAAACGUUCUGCUAUCUAUUCAUCCCGUCCGAAUUUAGUAUUCGCAUCGGAAAUGGUUGGCUGGGAGCACAUUCUAGCUAUGCAACCAUAUUCGGCUCGGUUCCGUGCCUAUCGCAAAGCAUUACACCCAUACAUUGGCUCCGAGUCUGCUGUUGCUCAGUUCAACUCACUCCAAGAGAUCGAAGCUCAUCGAUUUCUCUUACGCGUGCUUGGAGAUCAAUCCAAACUCUCGGAGCACAUUCAAACGGAAGCUGGCGCUAUAAUUCUCAAAAUCGCAUACGGCUAUACAGUUGAGGCACAUGCCCGCGACCCCCUAGUGCAUAUUUCUAACCUGGCUUUGGAUCAUUUUUCCAAGGCUGGAACACCCGGGGCUUGGUUGGUUGAUAUGAUUCCAGCGUUGAAAUAUGUCCCUUCAUGGGUUCCUGGGGCUAGUUUUAAGCGAAAAGCGCAGGUAUGGAAGAAGAAUCUUGAGACUGUUGCAGACAAGCCAUAUGCAUUUGUAAAGCAGAAGAUGGAUGGUGGCCGGUACGUGUCAUCCUAUCUCUCGAACUUGUUCAAAACGGCAGGCUAUCCCCUUCCUGGCUCAGAGGACGAGUUAAUUGCAAAAUGGACCGCCGCGUCACUCUAUACCGGAGGCGCUGACACAACUGUGUGCGCCAUUGAAUGUUUCUUCCUGGCAAUGACAUUGUUCCCCGACGUCCAGCGCAAAGCCCAAGAGGAGAUUAAUCGCGUGUUAGGACCUGACCAGCUUCCUAAAGUCAAGGAUCGAACUCGCUUGCCAUAUAUUGAUGCUGUGGUGAAGGAGGUCCUACGCUGGCAUCCGGUUGCACCCAUGGGUAUCCCCCAUGCAUCAAGCGAUGAUGAUACCUGGGAAGGAUAUUCCAUCCCAAAAGGUUCAUUGCUGAUGCCAAAUAUCUGGGCCAUGACGCAUGAUCCUGCAGUCUAUUAUGAUCCUAUGAUAUUCAAGCCUGAGCGUUUCAUUGGUGUGGACGGCCGAGGACCUGAAAUGGACCCGAACGAUCUUGUCUUUGGGUUCGGGCGUCGUAUCUGUCCCGCGAGGUUUUUGGCUGCAACUACAGUUUAUCUGAGUGCUGCGCAAACCCUUACCGUCUUCAACAUCAGGCCUGUCGAAGAGCGGAAAGAAGUCGAUGUUCAGCCGGAUUUCAAGCCGGGAGUUAUCAGCCACCCAGUUCCAUGGAAAUUUCAUAUUGCACCUCGUAGUGCAGCUCAUGAAAUCCUCAUUCGCUCAGUGGAACAAACACAUCCGUGGGAGCAGAGCAAUGCCUUUGAGUUGGAGGGUUUACCAAAAUGA